AUGAAACAUUCUACAUCUUCAUCAAUAUCAUUUGAUGUUCUAUCACCUUCUUCAUCGACUGCAUUAGACUGUUCAUCAUCUUCAUCUUCAUCAAAUCAAGCAAUAAAUACUGACAUUUGUGUAGUAUCCGACAAUAUUGUAAAUUAUACUACCGAAAGUGUUACACUUUGUCUUAAAUAUAAAAAACAACAAUAUAAAAUAACAUGA